CACCGCCUCCAAUCCCCACAUGACCCUUGGUUUUUGGCGCGUGAAAGUUGCCGUCUUUACCGACCCUUUUCGGUCAAUCUUCAGUUAACAUCAUCCAUUUUCAAACCUUUUCUCAGGAAAAUGCGCAGCAUUUGAUUCCUCCACGGAACCCCCCAGCCCCCAUGAACUUACGUCUGAAGUCUCCUCUGUUUUCUCUCUGAAUUUUCAAUAGCCACUCCCUCUCGAGCCUCCUACGUCUCUCUGUUUCGUCAAUUCCUCUGUUUUGGGUCGAUACAGAUUGGUGUGGUUUUUGUUGUUGAGUCGAGCACGCUAUUGAUGUUAUCCUUCCAUAAACAGCAGAGAAAUUGGUGAAAAGAUGGGAUCUUUUUCUUUCACAAGCUCUCUCCACUCCAUGCAGCUUUCUGGGGUCAACUCGUUUUCUAACAAAAGCUAUGAAUGGCCCCGUACUCACCUCGCUUAUUGUCGCUGCAAUAGAGGGUCUUUUGAUUUUCCGGGUGGAAAUCUCUUGACAAGGCGAUAUCGCCAGUCUGUCACAGUUGCAGCUGUGAGAGCAAGUGUGACAAACUCUGUACCUCCGAGGAAUGGGGCGUACACGGUUGGUGAUUUUAUGACAAGGAAAGAAAAUUUACAUGUUGUCAAGGCCACAACAGCUGUAGAUGAAGCUUUAGAGAUGCUCGUGGAGAAGAGAAUAAGCGGCGUCCCUGUGAUUGAUGACAACUGGAAUUUGGUGGGUGUUGUUUCAGAUUAUGACCUGUUGGCACUUGAUUCUAUAUCAGGCAGUGGUCAAGGGGAUGCAAACAUUUUCCCUGACGUCGAUAGUUCUUGGAAAGCUUUCAAUAGGAUACAGCGAUUGCUAAGUAAGACCCAUGGCAAAGUUGUUGGUGACUUGAUGACACCCGCACCACUUGUUGUUCGGGAAACUACCAAUUUGGAAGAUGCUGCAAGGUUAUUGCUGGAAACGAAAUACCGCCGAUUGCCAGUGGUAGAUGGCAGUGGCAAAUUGAUUGGAAUGAUAACAAGGGGAAAUGUGGUCAGAGCUGCCCUGCAGAUGAAGCGCGUGAACGAGCAUUCUUCUUGAUUUUUCAGUAGUUAAAGCAUUACAUAACAAUGCGGAAAUAGGAAUUUUUUUUUGGUCUGGUCCGAUUCUAGCAGAUGAGAAGGGUGCGGGAACGCACAAAUUCUUGCCCCACGCGAAACGGGCAAAGCAUCGAUUAGAGUUGAUUGUUUGCCAUCCAAACUAUUGGAAAAGUUUUCCAGGACAUGGCAUAACAGAAACACUGCACCUGUUGUGUCCCGUCAAUCGAAUGUAGGAUUCCAUCUCAUGGAUACAGCAGUUAAACCUAGGAUUGAGUCGGCUGUGAUCCGUUGCCGAAUUAUUGUCCUAGUGCUGUAUGAUGCUUGGGUGAAAAUAUUCGGCGCGACGAAGCAUGCUAGAACUGAUGGACAUCAUUCUCUUGUUCUGUUUGUUAGAUACUGCUGCUCUUUGGUAUGGCCAUGGCUUCUUUUGUGCUUUAUAUGAUUCUAUAUGAGUGUAUCAGGACAUGGAUGGUAUCAGAUACCUUCCUUCUUUGAUUUACCAUUA